AUGCACAUCUCAUUGUUGUUCGUUACACCGCUCGUGCUGCUCAGUCAGCUGGUGUCUGCUCAGGACGCCCUCGAGAAAAUUUGUGACGAUCUCCCUGGCAUUGAUGAUUGCACAGGCACAGUGACAAUCCCUGUGAAAGCCAAGUUGAAGUAUUGCCCUAAGAUGAUCACUUCUAUUGAUCCUUGCAAGACUAAAGCAACGUUCAAAUAUCCUUGCCCAACAUGGAAGGAGCCGACCAAACUCUGCGAAGGUUCCACUUGUGUGCCCGGCACAGUUGAAAAAUCGGUCAACGUCCCAUGCGGAAUCAGCAUCGAGACGAAAAAAGUCUCCCUCUGCCAAUCUGUCCGUGACAGCUUGGGCAAUACUGGGUCCAACUUUAUUAACAAGGCCGGUGCUAUGUGCAAUUGCAUCCUCAAAGUUCUCAGCUUGAUUAAAGCCGGGAUCUACCAUACCCUGUUUUCGGCUGGCGGCUCCUUAGAUGUCGACUCUUCAUUGGUUACUGAGAUGAUUCAAUUGCAAAAUUGUGUUCUUGAUGAGGACCUUGGUAUCUACGAUAACCGAGAUGAAGUGUAUGCCAACGAGCUCACAUCCAAGGACGGCUGGACCGUCCUUCACGCAGCUGAGAUCACUUUGGCUACCUACGCCGAGUUAGUCCUAGCUGUCUCCCCUUGUCUCACCGGGGUCGCUUGCAAUCCGACCGCUGUUGCCAAUUUCUUCAUCAGAUAUGUCAAAGCCUCGGCAAUUACCUUGGGCCUCCAACUAGCAAAAAUCCUUUACGGAUGGAAUGAGAUGUUUGGAAAAAUCAAGAACAAGGUCACGGCAAUUACAGACUCAGCUGAGAGUCUAAAGAAGCAUCUCGCUCCCGUUCCUGGCAAAGUCCAGACAACCAAGAAAAAGAUUUGUCUGAACAAUCUAUGCACUGGACCUGGAGUUUCGGCUUUUCUGAAGAAAGUUUCCAAAGCCCUUACCGCGGCACAAUCUCUGCAGCACAUCCGAGAGGCGGCCGACAUUGCAGCAAAAGCUGCCCCAGAGAUGAUCAGCGUGGUGGACAAGACCAUCGGAGUAGCGAAAAAGGUUCCAGGUUCGAGCUUCUUCACUGACCUCAUCAAAAGCGGCUCCUUGACGAAAGUCGAAGAUAUGCUGGAAUCCUUCCAGAUUGUCAAAGACCUGCCCGACUCGGUCGCAGAACUUGAAGAUAUCAUUGCUCCCGUUGAAGGACUUGUUUCCAGUUACGAAGCCCUCGCGACAAGUACCUUGGCAGCUGUCGAAUCUGUCGUUUCUUUCACCUGGGAUGCGCACGCAAAAGAGCUCAAGAAAGAUUCUUCGGGCAAGUUGCAGAAAGGAUUGAUUGAGAUGCAGAAAACAUUCAAAACGGAACUACUUCCGCCCCUUCGUGAAUUGAAGGUGGACAUCAAUGACUUGAAAGACGUCUUGGCUACCUCACCCAUUAAGAAAGGCAGCUUCAAGUUCAAGGCUGGUGUAGUCGACUACCAACGGUGGACCACUCUUUCGAUGGACGCGCCAUGCGCUAAGCAGAGCAAAUCCAACUUUGAGAUCGGUGGAUAUAAGACCUCUUUUUCCUAUCCGAAGUUUUAUAGCUGCGAGUACGGACCCCAGGACAUCCCGUGGCCCAAUCACUAUGUUCCUUACAUCAAGUUUAAAUCUGGUUAG